CUUUUCUGCAUCUCCAGUUCAAAAAAAGAAGAGGAGAGACGGGCAAAGUUUUCCUCACCGAGACACCGGGCCCGCAGCCCAACUUGUCUCUGCGUUGCCGCGAAAUUUCCAUCAAUUUCCCACUGCCUUACCCCCAAAAAACAAAAAAUUAAUUCCCCACUGCCCAUCGGAACCGGGGUGGUGGCAGUGCUCGGUGUGUGUUCGGCGAAAUGUCACCGCAAAGCUAGCGCAGCCAUGGUCGCGCCCUCCGUGCGCGUCACUCUGGGGGGAACCGACGGCCUUGAUGCCGCGCUUCUCCUCUCGGCGCGUGCGCGCGCGUGUUCGUGCGUGCCGGGGUCGAUUCCGGUCGCCGCGCGCGCAGGGUGCUCGGCGUAAUGACUUCCUCGGUUGCCUGUACUGCACCUCCUUCGGCGCUGUGCAGUGCGUGCCGACAUGCCGCCACUGAGACCGAGGUCAAGGAGAGGAGGCCGACAAGGACGGCUCCACUCCCUGGUCGCUCGCUGCCAUCCACUGGCCGGGUAGUCUGUGUGCGGUGGUGUCUUGACGCGGCCGCACCCGUGUCCUCGUACACGCGACGUCGCCGUCGGGGCCCCGGGGAGCGUAUGGAUUGCUCGUGCCGACCUGGCCUCAGGGUCUCCGAAGACGGCGCGCGCCGCGCUGUCGCGCACCCUUGUUUUGGCCAGCUCUCCUAUUCUACAUGUUCCAGUUGAUCCAUGGACAGCCUGAUUAUCUAGGUUUCAUAAGCAUCGAUUGUGGCAUCGAAGUGAACUCUACCUACCAAGAUUCCGUUUCAAAUAUGAUAUAUGUAUCAGACUAUGGUUUCGUCACCACUGGAGAAAACCACGGCAUCUCCUCAGAUUACGUAAAGCCAUCACUGGUGAAACGCUAUCUGAAUCUCCGGUUCUUUCCACAUGGCGCAAGGAAUUGCUACACCCUGAGAUCCUUGGUGAUGGGAAACAAGUACCUUGUUCGUGCCGCCUUCUACUAUGGAAACUAUGAUGGCCUGGGCAAACCUCCUGUCUUUGAUCUGUACCUGGGGACAAACUACUGGCAUGAAGUUAGCUUAAGUGAUGCAGGAGCAUUCAACUGGAUGGACAUCAUAGUUGUGGCUCCUGAUGAUUACUUGCAAGUUUGUUUGGUGAACAAAGGUAUGGGUAAUCCAUUUAUUUCUGGGCUGGAUUUGAGGCCAAUGAAGAAUACCCUUUACCCAGAGGUAAAUGCAACUCAAUCGCUUGUGCUGGUUAAUUCUAAUCGGUUCCACAUGGGGCCCACAGACGGUUCAGUAAUCAGGUACCCCUCGGAUUCCCAUGACCGCAUCUGGACGACAUAUAAUGCAAUUCCAAACUGUAUCCAGAUAUCUGCAACAUCUGUAAUUCAGAAUAACCUCAGGGAUGUCUACGAUGUGCCAUCGUCUGUUAUGCAAAAUGCAGUGACUGCUAAUAGCUCAAGAAUUGAUUUCUCAUGGAAUCCAUCUGAUCCAUCAGUGAACAUAAGCUCCAAAUACUUCUUUAUUUUCUACUUUGCUGAGCUGCAGACUGUAGGAAGCAAUGCAGUGCGGCAGUUUGAUAUCAUUAUCAAUAGCAAGACAUGGAACAAGCAACCUUACACCCCAACAUUCCAAGUCACAGAUUAUUUUUCUGGCAUUUUGCAUGGGAUGGAAAAUUAUAGUGUCUCACUUGUUGCUACUAAAAAUGCAACGCUUCCACCUAUCCUCAAUGCCAUGGAGAUGUACUUGGUGAAACCGAUAACUGCGGUUGCAACUGAUCCUGGAGAUGCAGCUAGAGCCAUGAUGGCAAUCCAAGACGAUUUUGGUGUGAUAAAAAACUGGAUGGGUGAUCCAUGUAUUCCGAAGGCUUCCAUAUGGAGAGGAUUAAACUGCUCAUAUCCACCAGUAGGUGCCUCUAAAAUAACGGCACUAAACUUGUCUUCCUUUGGGUUGGUUGGUGCCAUCUCUACUAAUUUUAGAGAUCUCCAAGCACUCCAGUAUCUGGAUUUGUCACACAACAACUUGUCUGGUCCUAUUCCGAAUUUUCUUGGGCAACUUUCAUCACUGAUGUUUCUUGAUUUGUCCAGCAAUGAUCUGAGUGGACCAAUUCCUUACAGCCUUCUACAAAGGUCCCAAAAUGGGUCCUUAUCACUAAGGGUUGGUGAUAAUGUAAAUCUUUGUGGCAACGGUACUGCCUGCAGAUCAGAUCGAAAGAAAAUCAACGGGACACUUCUCACCGCAAUAGUUGUACCAAUAGCUGCUGCCAUUGCACUGUUUGUUAUCCUAUUUUUGCUGUGCCAAGUGCUCAAAGGAAAAGCUAAGCGAAAUGCUACUGGUCAUGAAGAUGAAUCAGCAUUACUUGAGAACCGAGAGUUCUCUUACAAAGAACUGAAGCAUAUCACGAAUAAUUUCAGCCAACAGAUUGGAAAGGGCGGGUUUGGACCUGUCUUCCUUGGUUACUUGGAGAAUGGAAAAUCAGUUGCUGUGAAAGUGCGUUCCGAGUCAUCUUCCCAAGGGGGUAAAGAGUUUCUGGCUGAGGCUCAGCACUUGACCAGGAUUCAUCACAAAAAUUUAGUUUCUUUGGUUGGCUAUUGCAAGGACAGAAAUCAUUUGGCCCUUGUUUACGAGUACAUGCCCGAAGGGAACCUUCAGGAUCAUCUGAGAGCCACUUCUACUAGUAAACCACUCAGUUGGGAGCAGCGUCUUCAGAUCGCCCUUGAUGCUGCACAAGGUCUUGAGUAUCUGCACAUCGCCUGUAAGCCAGCAUUGAUACACAGAGAUGUGAAGAGCAGGAACAUCCUCCUGACCACAGAUCUUGGGGCUAAAAUUGCUGAUUUUGGCCUGACCAAGGCUUUCAGUGAGUCCGAAACACAUAUAACCACGGAGCCAGCUGGUACUAUGGGCUACUUAGAUCCUGAGUACUUCCGCAGUUAUCACAUCAGUGAGAAGAGCGACCUGUACAGCUUUGGUGUCGUCCUCCUGGAGCUCAUCACGGGUCAUGCCCCUGUCAUACCAAUUAGCGACAGCAUGAGCAUCCACAUCGGGGAGUGGGUGCACCAGAGCCUCGACCAUGGAAACAUCGAGAGCAUUGUGGAUGCAAAGAUGGGAGGGGACUAUGACAUCAACUCUGUCUGGAAAGCCGCUGACUUGGCGCUGCAUUGCAAGCGAGACGCCUCCCGAGAGCGGCCGACGAUGGCGGAGGUGGUGGCGCAGCUUAAGGAGUGUUUGGAGCUCGAGAACCGUCGUGAUGGGAGGAGAAGAAGCUUGGGUUCGAAUGGUGAUGAUUCGACCUGUCCUGGAGAGGGAAGUGCACUUGAGAUAGAAGAAGAAGAAAAGCAGCAAGAAGGGGAGAUACAAGCGGCUGCUGGCCCUGCAAUGAGAUAAUAGGUUUGAUGAUCUUACACUAAUGCUGGAGAUUUAAGCGCUCUUGCCUUACCUUUCUGAUAAGCCGUCAUCUUGUCUUUCUUUUCGAUGUUCUCAAAUUUCUGGCAAUGCUUAGAUGGAGUCUGCCUGUUCUAGAUAAAAAGGAAUUGUGAUGAAAGAA